CGCUGCUGCUCGUGCUGCCGGAGCCGGUGGGUUGUGGGAGCUCGUGCGCUGCGGAGACGGAGGGGAGGAUUUGGGGCGCCGGAGAUCUCCGGUUUCCCCAAACAAUAGUCGAGAGGACGCGAUGGUCGCCGUCUCCCUCUCUCCCUCUCCCUCUCUCUCUCUCUCUCUCUCUCUCUCUCUUUUUCUUUUUUUGAACCGCAGGGAAGUUUAGGACCCUCAUUGGCCCUAUUGUUGUUCCCACCGAGGCCACGUAGCUCUGUUUGAAACGUGGGAGGAUUGUUUUGUUUCUAAAUGUUACAAGAGGAUUUUUAUUUUUCAAAAAAAAAAAAAAAAAAAACAGGAUUCGGGCAGUGAUGCGUCUGGAAGGAGUGAGCGCGUCCAGUUUGAGUGUAGGCCGAAGGGUUUGAAUCUGCUCCUCGGUGAACGACUGGUGGGAAAUUGAGUGCGUCCAUUCAUUUACAGUGAGGGCGUCCCGUUUGGAAAAGGAAAGGGGGAAGAAAGGGGAACGAGCAUUUGGAUAAUUUGGCAUCAGGACGCGACCAGUGGGGCCUGGGAGUCUCCCAUUGUCCUGCCUUCUUUCUUUCUUUCUUUCUUUUUUCUACAACAGCCUCCUUUUUCAUUUUGUAGGUCGCACAACUCUUUAGAUUCGCCGGCUCCUCGCAAUCACGGCCGCCUCAGCUCUCCCCUGCUGCGAGUCUCCUACCCACCAUCCUCUCCCAUCCCUCUUCCUCCUCUUCUCCUCCUCUCCGUAGCCUCCCCCGCUCUCCCGACUCCCUUCUCCUGCUCCCUCCUCUUCGGCCUCCAAGAUAGAUUCCCUCAGGAGUAAGGUUGACCUGCUCAAGCUGCCCCUGGCUCUCUCCACCAAGUCCAUCUCCGAGCGCAAGAGCCAGCUGGGAGGAGUCGGCGAGCAGCGCGGCACGGGGGGUGGAGGAGGAGGCGGGGCUCGUAAAGCCCGCUCACCGCCGACCCGAGACAUGGACAACGAGUCGCAGUACUCGGGUUACUCAUACAAGUCGUCCCACUCCCGGAGCUCCCGCAAGCACAGGGAUCGGAGGGAUCGUCAUCGCUCUAAGAGUCGAGACAGCAGCAGUCGUGGAGACAAAUCGGUCACCAUCCAGACGCCCGGAGAGCCGCUGCUCGAUGCAGAGUCAACCCGCGGAGAUGAUCGGGAUGAUAACUGGGGAGAGACGACCACGGUCGUCACCGGCACCUCAGAGCACAGCAUCUCAAACGAGGACCUGACCCGCGUCUCCAAAGAAUUGGAGGAGUCAACUCCACUGGAGUGCAAGCGCUUCAUUGGCCCCGCCCUGGGGGGCUGCCUGAGCUUCUUCGCCCUCGUCACGCCUUUAGCCUUCCUCAUCCUCCCGCAGGUCCUCUGGCGUGACGCCCUCGAGCCCUGCGGCACGCCCUGCGAAGGCCUCUACGUGUCCCUGGCCUUCAAGCUCCUGGUCCUGCUCAUCUCCUCCUGGGCGCUGUUCCUCCGCCCUCCUCGCGCCACCCUGCCGCGCUUCUUCGUCUUCCGCUGCCUGCUGAUGGUGCUGGUGUUCCUGUUCGUGGCGUCGUACUGGUUGUUUUAUGGCGUGCGGGUGCUGGAGCCCAGGGAGAGGGACUACAGGGGGAUUGUGGAGUACGCUGCCUCGCUGGUGGACGCUCUGCUCUUCAUCCAGUACCUGGCUCUGGUGCUGCUGGAGGUCCGGCACCUGCAGCCGGCCUUCUGCCUUAAGGUGGUCCGGAGCACGGACGGAGCCAGCAAGUUCUACAACGUGGGCCACCUCAGUAUCCAGCGGGCGGCUGUCUGGGUGUUGGACCGUUAUUACAGCGACUUCCCCGUCUACAACCCUGCCCUGCUCAACCUGCCCAAAUCCAUCCUGUCCAAGAAGAUGACCGGCUUCAAGGUUUACUCCCUGGAUGAAAACACCACCAAUAACUCCACGGGUCAGUCCCGGGCCAUGAUAGCAGCUGCUGCCAGGAGGAGAGACAACUCCCACAACGAGUUCUACUACGAGGAAGCUGAGAUGGACCGCAGGAUCCGCAAACGCAAGGCCAGGUUGGUCGUGGCGGUGGAAGAGGCCUUCACACACAUCAAGCGUCUCCACGAGGACGAGGUCGCCUCGUCCCCCAAACACCCGAGAGAGGUGAUGGAUCCUCGGGAGGCGGCUCAGGCCAUCUUCGCUCCGAUGGCCCGGGCCAUGCAGAAAUACCUGAGGACCACCCGUCAGCAGGCCUUCCACAGCAUGGAGAGCAUCCUCACACACCUGCAGUUCUGCAUCACACACAACAUGACGCCCAAGGCCUUCCUGGAGCGUUACCUCAGCCCCGGCCCCACCAUGCAGUACCAGCAGCAGAACGGCAGGGGGCGCCAGUGGACUCUGGUGAGCGAGGAGCCCGUGACUUCGGCCCUGCGUCAGGGUCUGGUCUUCUCCCUGCGACGCCUGGACUUCUCCUUGGUGGUCACAGUCACGCCGCUCCCCUUCCUGAGGCUGGGGGAGGAGUUCAUCGACCCAAAGAGCCACAAGUUUGUCAUGAGGCUGCAGUCGGAGACCUCGGUGUGAGACCUCGGUGUGUCUAAACCAGGAUCGCUGAUGUGCGGGACACGUGGAGGCCUUGUGGUCCGUUCUCGUCCAAUCAUUUCCCCCCUGUCUGUGACAAAGAAAAGGAGUGUUACACAUGUGACGCCUCCUCCUGUUUUUUUUUAUCAUCACAGAUGCUCUGAUAUCAAACUGUGAUCAGCUCAACGAUUGUCUAAACCUGGAAAUAAACGGAUGCCUUGACUUUUUCUUUCUCUGUGUUGUGAAGUAUUUGUCUUUACAACACGCUGUAAAAAAACAAAACAAAACAAAAAAAAAAAAAACCUUUUUUUGUAAAGGGGAAUUUUUGUCCUUUUGCCUCUUCUCUCACUGUAACCACUGGACUACUUACUGUGCUGACUCAACACAUGAACACCAGAGGAGGGUGAUUACAUCAUAGUCGUCACGUCCUCUUGCUUGUGUCUUAUACGAACAGACCAACGCUCAGCUCUGACUGCAACGCUGGUGUACCACUGCCUCUCGGUUCCCUGUUGGUGUAUUGUUUUGUUUCACAUGACCAGGACUGUUUUUUAUAUUAGAGGGUGUGACUUUUUUUUUUUACUUACAGAAUGUAGCAUUAUGUGCAUUGAAUUAACACAUUGCUUUUCUGUGGCCUCAAGGCCCAAAUGUCUUUUUAUCUCACUGUAAAGAAAAAUGGAAGUACAUUCCUCCAGUUGUUGCUACUCCAGACUCUGUAUGUUCACGGUUGUCUAAAUAUGCAGCUUGAGUUUUAUUCUACACUGGCAUUUUUACUAUUAAUAUCACACGUUUUAACAGGAAAUCUGAACAAAGAUCCAAUUUACACCUGGUAUUAACAUGCGAUGUGCACCUUAUUUGGAUAAGCAUGUUAAAGCAUGAGUCUGCUAUUAUUCUGACAUUUUCUUAGUGUGAAAAAACCUUUAAAGCUUUCUCAUUGGGUGCAAUUGCUCAGUUGUCAUGGUGAAACAUUUAGUAGGUUAGUUGGGUGACAGAAAAUGAAUUAAUUGUCAACAACUUCGAAGAAUGAUUAAGAAUUUGGGUCAAAGAAAUUCAUAGCUGCAGGUUAUCAGUUGUGCGUUUCUGUUGCUUUUCACUGAACUGAACAUCUUUUGGAUUUUUCGACAAAUACAACGUUUGAGGACGUCACCUGAGAAACUGGGACGCACAUUUGAUACAAAUAAUUGACAAGACAAUAAUUGGCAGAUUAAUCAAUAAUGAAAAUAAUGGUUAAUUGGAGCUCUGCUGAUGUUUUUAGUUGUGGAGGAGGAGGAACAGCCACAGCUGACACUACAGAGCCGGAGUCACAGUCUCUCUGUGAAGUGAAGCAGCUCCGUCUGCUGAGGAAGUUGCUGCAGUUGGACCACAAUAUUUCAUGGUCAGAUAAAAUAAAAACGACACAUACAGCAGUGUCAGUCUCCUGCACAUGCUGGUUACACAUCUGUCAUCUCCCCUUGCCUAAUUUGCACAUCACCGCUGUCCUGUGGAAACCAUGUCUGUCAACUUUUCAUGACUGUAAGAGGAACACGCAUGAGGAAAGGGAUUGUCUCCGCUUUGAGAUGAUGCUUUUUUUUUUUUUUUUUAGCUAAUCCAGUGCUUUGUUCAUUAAAUGGAUCAUUUUCUCAGUUUAAAAUUUCAGUUUAUGUGCAAAUGUCAUAAUUACCAAAUGGUUUCCAUCGGACAGUGAUGAUAAUGAAAUCAGAUCAUAGUCUGUGCAGGAUCAAGAUAACAAGGACACGAGUCUGUAAUCCAGAUAAUGAAUCCAGAUGUGGAUUGAAUGAUACUAUCAGGUGUAAAUGGGGUCUUUUUUUAACAUUGUGCAUAUAAGGAAAUCAGUUCUAAACAGGCAGCUGUAGUUAAACUAUGAGCUGACGUGUUAUGGUUUGAAUUUUUUUUAAUUUAAAUUUUUUUUUUUAAUGCAUUUCUACAAACAUCCCAAACCAGACGUGUGAUUGUAACUCCUCACUGCAGCUCCUCUGCAGCAGUAGCACAUCACCGCCUUCGCCUUGUGCCACGAGCUGAAACAAGCACAGUGAACACGCUGCCUCCUCAUAACUCUCUCAGCCUUACUCUCCAGAUGUUGGAGGAGCAGCCAUCGGGCCACAUCUGUCCCUCAAACUAGCUCCUCCUCUUCUUCUUUUUUUUUUCCAGGUCCUGAAAACUUACUGUAAAACCCUGAAAGUCGCCUGAUGUUGAGACUUGAGCCACUCUGUUGUAUCUACCUACACUGUGUUGAGCCACAGCACGACUGACUGUAUGCUUUCCUUUCCAGUGAAAAUGUGCUUUAAAAAGCCCUUUACAUGUCAAAAAAAAUAUCCAAGUACCAGGUCCGAUGUGUAUGACAUUUCAUGAGUGAUCAAAAUGCAGAUGUUUGUUUGUUUUUUUUUUGUUUUUUUUUUUAAAUGCAUGCUAGAGUUAUUUCAGGCUCCAAAACCUUUUUAUAAUAACUUGUUUUCUAUCAUUUUUAAGGUGCCUAAGUUAUGACGAUGCAAUUUUCUGAAUGUUUUUACUUUUGAAAAACAAGUGGCUUGUAAAAAAUUUGUAGAUUUGUCUCGUAUUUUCUUCCUUUUGGUAACUGUAGCUUGUAUAGUGUGUAAGGCGUUUUUCCAUUAUUAAACCAUUUAUUCCUUA